CCUGGUCGGCGGGCGGGCCUGGAGAAGCGAAUCCAAGUCUCCUUGAUCCUAGUUAGGAAGAAAUUGGACGGCGUGCGCGCUGAGCGGCGCUGGCUGUGAUCAAACUUCUCAGCUCUCUGAGGCUUGAGUCUCCCACCUCGCUCCCCUGGCCAGGCCUCCCGGCCCCCUCGUGCCUCUCUGGUGGCCUCUCCGCCUUCCCUGUUCUCCUAGGCUCCCCAUGGCCCAGACAUGAGCGGCCCCCUCGAAGGGGCUGAUGGGGGAGGGGACCCCAGGCCGGGGGAAUCCUUUUGUCCUGGAGGGGCUCCAUCCCCUGGGCCUCCACAGCAUCGACCUUGUCCUGGCGCCAGCCUGGCUGACGACACGGAUGCCAACAGCAAUGGCUCCAGCGGCAAUGAGUCCAAUGGACCGGAGUCCAGGGGUGCAUCUCAGCGGAGCUCACAUAGCUCCUCCUCCGGCAAUGGCAAGGACUCGGCCCUGCUGGACACCACUGAAAGCAGCAAGAGCACAAAUUCUCAGAGCCCAUCCCCACCCAGCAGUUCCAUUGCCUACAGCCUCCUGAGUGCCAGCUCAGAGCAGGACAACCCGUCUACCAGUGGCUGCAGCAGUGAACAGUCAGCUCGGGCAAGGACCCAGAAAGAACUCAUGACGGCGCUGCGGGAGCUCAAGCUUCGGCUGCCACCAGAGCGCAGGGGCAAGGGCCGCUCUGGGACCCUGGCCACGCUGCAGUACGCACUGGCCUGUGUCAAGCAGGUGCAAGCCAACCAGGAAUACUACCAGCAGUGGAGCCUGGAGGAGGGCGAGCCUUGUGCCAUGGACAUGUCCACCUACACUCUGGAGGAACUGGAGCACAUCACAUCUGAGUACACGCUUCGCAACCAGGAUACUUUCUCCGUGGCUGUCUCCUUCCUGACAGGCCGCAUCGUCUACAUUUCUGAGCAGGCAGGUAUCCUGCUGCGCUGCAAGCAGGAUGUGUUCCGCGGUGCCCGCUUCUCAGAGCUCCUAGCUCCCCAGGAUGUGGGUGUCUUCUAUGGUUCCACUGCCCCAUCUCGCCUGCCCACCUGGGGCACGGGGGCCUCCGCAGGUUCAGGCCUCAAGGACUUCACCCAGGAGAAGUCUGUCUUCUGCCGUAUCAGAGGGGGUCCUGACCGAGAUCCCGGGCCUCGGUACCAGCCAUUCCGCCUAACCCCAUAUGUGACCAAGAUCCGGGUCUCUGAUGGGGCCCCUGCACAGCCGUGCUGCCUGCUGAUCGCAGAGCGCAUUCACUCUGGUUAUGAAGCUCCCCGGAUUCCCCCCGACAAGAGGAUCUUCACUACGAGGCACACGCCCAGCUGCCUCUUCCAGGAUGUGGAUGAAAGGGCCGCCCCGUUGCUGGGCUACCUCCCCCAGGACCUCCUGGGGGCCCCAGUGCUCCUUUUCCUGCAUCCCGAGGACCGACCCCUCAUGCUGGCCAUCCACAAAAAGAUCCUGCAGCUGGCUGGCCAGCCCUUUGACCACUCCCCUAUCCGCUUCUGCGCCCGGAAUGGGGAGUACGUCACCAUGGACACCAGCUGGGCUGGCUUCGUGCACCCCUGGAGCCGCAAGGUGGCCUUUGUGUUGGGCCGCCACAAAGUACGCACGGCGCCCCUGAAUGAAGACGUGUUCACUCCCCCAGUCCCCAGUCCCGCUCUCUCCCUGGACCCUGAUAUCCAGGAGCUCUCUGAGCAGAUCCACCGGCUGCUGUUACAGCCUGUGCACAGCCCCAGCCCUACCGGGUUCUGUGGAGUCGGCCAGGUGACUUCCCCAGGCCCUCUCCUCAGCCCUGGCUCCUCCAGUGCCAGCAACGGGGGUGACGCCGAGGGACCUGGGCCUCCUGCACCGGUGACCUUCCAGCAGAUCUGUAAGGACGUGCACCUGGUGAAGCAUCAGGGGCAGCAGCUUUUUAUUGAGUCCCGGGCCCGGCCUCUGCCCCGGCCCCGUGUCCCUGCUGCAGGCACAUUCAAGGCCAAGACCCUUCCCUGCCAAUCUGCAGACCCAGAGCUGGAGGUGGCACCUGCUCUGACCCAGGCCCCACUAGCCUCGGCUCCUGAGGAGGCUGAGCGGAAAGAAGCCUCAGGUUGCUCCUACCAGCAGAUCAACUGCCUGGACAGCAUCCUCAGGUACCUGGAGAGCUGCAACCUCCCCAGCACGACCAAGCGCAAGUGCACCUCCUCCUCGUCCUGCACCGCCUCUUCGGCCUCCGACGAGGACAGGCAGCGGGCGGGAGCGGUCUCUGUGGGGGCCGAGAAAGAUCCAUCGGCAGUGCUGUCUGGGGAGGGGGCCGCCCCUCUGAAGGAGCCGGUGGUGGGAAGAGGCGCCCUGAGCCCGCUCGCCCUGGCCAAUAAGGCGGAGAGCGUGGUGUCCGUCACCAGUCAGUGUAGCUUCAGCUCCACCAUCGUCCACGUGGGAGACAAGAAGCCCCCGGAAUCGGACAUCAUCAUGAUGGAGGACCUGCCUGGCUUGCCUCUUGGCCCAGCUCCCAGCCCAGCCCCCAGCCCCACGGUGGCCCCUGACCCAGCCGCAGGUGCCUACCGGCCAGUGGGCCUGACCAAGGCUGUGCUGUCCCUGCACACCCAGAAGGAGGAGCAGGCCUUCCUCAGCCGUUUCCGCGACCAUGGCAGGCUGCGUGGACUUGACGGCUCCUCCACGGCCCCCUCGGGCCCCGGCUGCCGCCACGGCCCCGCAGCCCCUGGCCGCCGCCACCACUGCCGAUCCAAAGCCAAGCGCUCCCGCCAGCACCCGACCCCUCAGGCCGAAGCCCCCUGCCCCGUCUCCCACCCGUCACCUGUGCCAUCCUCUGCCCCCUGGCCCCCACCACCAGCCACGCCGCCCUUCCCGGCUGUGGUCCAGCCCUGCCCCCUCCCCGCGUUCUCCCCCAGAGGAGGCCCCCAGCCUCUCCCUCCUGCACCCACAUCUGUGUCUCCUGCAGCUUUCCCUGCCCCACUGGUGACCCCAGUGGUGGCCUUGGUGCUCCCUAACUAUCUCUUCCCUGCCCCACCCACCUACCCCUGUGGGGCACCCCAGGCCCCCGCUUCCCACUCCCCUUCUCCGUCCCUGCCCCUGCUGCCCCCCAGCCCUCCCCGCCGCCCCGACUCUCUGCUCUUCAACUCGAGAUGCAGCUCCCCGCUCCAGCUAAACCUGCUGCAGCUUGAGGAGCCCCCCCCGUGUCGAGGGAGUAGUGCUGGGCACCCCCCUCCCAGCGAGGAGACUGCCGACCCAGCGGCCAGACCGGUGGAGAUAACUGAGUCCUCCAACCAGGACGCGCUCUCCGGCUCCAGCGACCUGCUGGAGUUGCUGCUGCAGGAGGACUCGCGCUCUGGCACGGGCUCUGCUGCCUCGGGCUCCUUGGGCUCUGGCUUGGGCUCUGGGUCUGGCUCAGGCUCCCAUGAGGGGAGCAGCACCUCAGCCAGCAUCACGCGCAGCAGUCAGAGCAGCCACACGAGCAAGUACUUCGGCAGCGUCGAUUCUUCCGAGGCUGAGGCUGGGGCUGCCCGUGCCAGGGCUGAGCCCGGGGACCAGGUCAUUAAGUACGUGCUCCAGGAUCCCAUCUGGCUGCUCAUGGCCAAUGCUGACCAGCAUGUCAUGAUGACCUAUCAGGUGCCCUCCAGGGACAUGGCCUCUGUGCUGAAGCAGGACCGGGAGCGGCUCCGGGCUAUGCAGAAGCAGCAGCCUCGGUUCUCAGAGGACCAGCGGAGGGAACUGGGUGCUGUGCACUCCUGGGUCCGGAAGGGUCAACUGCCUCGGGCCCUUGAUGUGAUGGCCUGUGUGGAUUGCGGUAGCAGCACCCAAGACCCUGGCCACCCUGAUGACCCACUCUUCUCGGAAAUGGAUGGACUGGGGCUGGAGCCCAUGGAGGAGGGUGGGGGCGAGGCGGGUGGCGGUGGUGGUGAGGGCGAGGGCGGUGAUGAGGCCCAGGCCCAAGCUGGGGCCGCGGUCUCAAGCUCUCAGGACCUGGCCAUGGAGGAGGAGGAACAAGGUGGGAGCUCAUCCAGUCCAGCCUUACCUGCCGCAGGAAAUGGCACCAGCUAGACUACAUUUGGGGCCACCUCCGGGAAUGCAUGAGAAGCUUCCUUCUCCCAUGUCCCAACUCGCAGAACUCAGACGUGGCUGGACCAACCAAUAGAAAACUGUCCCGGCUUCUCCCGCUGUAGGGGGUGUGGGACCUCCCCCCGCCAGCAGCCCAGGAUCCAGGGGCUGCCUCUGGCCUCUUAGAGAACAGAGGGUGGCACUCUUUAGCCCAGCCCAGAGAAGCCGCACCUCCCAUCCCUGCUGAGGAGUCGUUCCUUCCCCUGGACAAGGUUGCUGACAAGCUGCUGAAGUGGUUCUCCAAGCCCCAGCUGAGCCGGAGUCCCUGUCCCUGCGGCUUGGGGCUGCGUUUAUUUAUUUGGAGAGCCAGCCCUCUGAGGCCCAAGCAGGACCCAGUGGUCCAGACCCCUAGCUGCUCCGGGGUGGGGGAGGUUGGUGGACCGUGGAGUCCCUGGUGCUGCCCCUCAGGUGGGACCCAGGUGUUCUCAGCUGUACCCUCUACCGCUGACAUUUGUGUUUUUGAUAUCGUGUCUGUUAUUUUUUAAUAUAAAAAGAAAAAAUACCA